AUGAACGCGGCAGUUAUGAAUAUGGCCUUUAUGUUUGGCGCCAUGCAGGUGGCCAAGCGCAUUCCCUUCGACGAUCACCCAGAAUACGUGCGCUACGCCCAGCUCGGUUACGCCACGGCGCAGCUGCUGUGCUUGGCCGUGUACUACUUCUGCAGCGUACAGAUUAAGAAGAAGAACGACCUGACGGUGCUUAAGUAUGUGAACGCGAAAAACCCCAUGUCGCAAGACCCUGGUGAGCUCGUCACGACCACCCACCGUGACUACGACCUGGCUGAAGUGAGCAAGAGCAUGCGUGGCAUUCUUAUGGGCUGCUGCAUUGUGGCCUUUAUGCACCUGUACCUUGGCUACACCAACCCUCUUGUGAUCCAAAGCAUUAUUCCGCUCAAGAACGCACUUGAGUCCAACAUGGCCAAGAUCUGGAUCUGGGGCAUGCCAGCUACGGGCGAUCUGAAGCGUCCUUUCAAGGUGCCUAGCAUGUUCGGUGGCCUCGACAACAACAGCGGUCCUCAGGCUGACAAGGCGUCUGUGAAGGAGGCUGAAAAAGUGACUGGCGCAAUCCAGGCGAAGCUCGAGUAA